UUCCCCAGGGAGCCAAGUGCUGUGCUGGGUGGCUGUGGGCUCAGGGAUGCACACUCUGGGAAGGGGUAGCUGCUGGUCCAUGUCUGUGCCUUUCGAGCCCUACUAACACACAGAGCAGUCAAAUGGGGGGAGCCUGGCUGUAGUGCACAUCUGUGCCCUGAGGUACUUCGGGCAUUACAUGGGAGAGGAACGUGUCAAGAUUUGUAAUGGAAAUCUGUGGCGACCUUCUUGCUCACUGCAUGCACGUAUGUGGAUGAGGACAGCAUGCAAUCCCGAGAUCCCUUCUGACAGAGCAGAUAUUGGGACGUCUCCCUCAGGGCGCUUCCUAGCAGUGAUGCUCUCGCUCUGUUGACUUCAGUGCAGUUGACCUCAGCAGCCUGAGUUUUACCUGGAAGCCUGAACAAGUAUGGGAACAAAUAGCUUUGGGCUUUUCCAGCUUAAAAUGAAAAUGAAUAAAGGGAAUAAGAAGAAUUUCCUUUCUUCUACUGAAAAUAUUAAUACUGCAAUAGGAAGACAGAAGGCAUUUUUUUUUAGUCUACAUAAAGCAUGUGAACGUUUGGAAAGUUCUGCAGUUUGUGAAACACUUGUUAUUAUGGCACAGAUGAUACUGAAGAAAGAAAGCUCUGCAGCAUAGAAAGUGGUGUCAAUAGAAAUCUUGACAGUCUAUAAAUGAGAGGAGGCUCAAUAAAAUUUAUGCAACAGAAAAGUGAAUGUGAAGAAAAAGAAGGAUGGUUUCUUGAGUCCGGUCCUUUGAAAAAGCGAGACACAUGCUGCUUCGUAAGGAUACGCCUGAUUUCCAGAAAUAACCAUGUUUUUGUGCCUUAAACUCUUGGCGUUUGGCGUUGCCUUUCUGUGCCAGGAUGCUUUUGCCCAAGCAGGAAAUGAUAAUUUGACCUCUGCCAGCUCUCUCUCCUCUACGUUACCUACACCUACACGCUCCACAUCAUUCUCACCUCCAAGCACCACUGCAGGAGUUCAGCCAGCAUCAACUGGUGCCUCUCCCACAGCCAGCACGCACCUCUCCACGCACUCAGGCUCUGGUCCGACCACGGGACUCGGCCACUUGCAGCAUAGCAGCCCUGCUGCCCUCACCACACGCACUCUCACUGCCUUUCAUCAAACUGUAUCAGAUUAUUACAGUUCAACAUCCUUGCACAACACCACCUCACCAGUCAUCACGCCAGCAAGCACUGAGACCAUCCCCACUAGCACAAUAGAAAGUACUACAACAACGGAAGAACCUUGUGAUAAUAGUAUUGAUUACGGGAAUAUAGAAGAAAAGAAUAACUCGGCUGAAGUUACGCUAAAGAAUCUCAAAGAAAACAGAAUAUAUGAUAUUCUGCUGGAAGAUGGGAAGAGCUUAUCAGUGAAUGCCAGCAACAACAUAGUAAUGCUUAAUUGGUGCAGAAGAUAUACAGUUCAAUCUCGUAAUUGCAUUGUCAUGUAUCUUACUAUUCCACCUGAUGAAAAAAGGUAUACUUUUGAUGUCGAGAGCAUUGGAAACGACAAUGCAACAUUGCGUUUAAAUCCUUUAUGUAUAGAUUGCGAAGAUGUCUGUUCUAAUGUGACUGUUAGCUGCAAAACAAAUUCCAUAAAUUCAGGAGGCACUGGGAAUUUAACUGGUAGCUACGAAUUGAUGAAACAUGAUAUAAAUGCUGACAACAUAACGAUACUUUCUUUAUCAUCCGACAGUGAGUACCUCUGCAGAGUUACAGUAAGGUUUUUUGAAAAGAAUUUUACCAAAGAAGUCAACAUAACUACAGAUUAUGAUGCUCCAAAAGCACCAGAAAACCUUACAGUGCAUCCUACUGCCAGAAAUGUAACAGUUACGUGGAUGAAACCUACCGGCACAUUAGAAGAACAUAUAGAUGGCUAUAUUGUGAAGUGCAAUAACACUUCUCAAAACGUUAACAGGAAUGAGACCAGCUUUACUUGUGGUGAUUUAGAACCUUACAGCACUGGCUCUGUGUCUGUAAGAGCAUUUAAAAAAAGCAAGUAUAAGAAUAAAAACUUUGAGGGAGAAAAAGUGAAUGGCAGCUUUCAAACGAAACCAGCAAAACCAGAGAAAGUGACUGACUUCAAACUAACAUUGCUGGCUGAUAAUACUGUCAAAGUUGCCUGCCGAAGUCAAAAAGUGUAUGGAAAUGAAACAAAAUUUAAAUUAUCUUGGAAUUCCAGCAGCAACAGUGGUGAGAAUCAGAGGAAAAAUGAAUGCAAUUUUACAGUAAGAGAUCUCUCUUACUUGACAAAAUAUACGUUUAAGAUAUCUGUGUUUAAUGGAGUGUAUACAGGAGACUCGGUAUGUGAGGAAAUAUAUACCAGAUAUAACUCGAGGGCCCUGAUUAUAUUCUUGGUGUUCUUGAUUGUUGUGACAUCAAUUGCUUUACUGUUGGUUCUGUAUAAAAUCUAUGACCUACACCAAAAAAAGCUUAGCAAUUCUUCUGAAGUCAUCAGCCUUGUAGCAGUUAAAGAUGAUGAAAGGCAGCUUUUGAACAUAGAGCCAAUACCUUCAGAGAAACUGUUGGAGACAUACAAGAGGAAGAUUGCUGAUGAAGGAAGACUUUUCUUGGAUGAAUUUCAGAGCAUUCCAAGAAUUUUCACUAAAUUUCCAAUGAAGGAGGCCAAGAGGAGCCAUAAUCAGAACAAAAACCGUUACAUUGAUAUUCUUCCAUAUGAUCAUAACCGUGUUGAGCUCUCUGAGAUUCCAGGAGACCCAGGAUCAGACUACAUCAACGCAAGUUAUAUUGAUGGCUUCAAAGAACCAAGAAAAUACAUUGCUGCACAAGGCCCCAAGGAUGAAACCACGGAUGAUUUCUGGAGAAUGAUCUGGGAACAGAAAGCAACAAUUAUUGUCAUGGUUACUCGCUGUGAGGAAGGAAACAGGAACAAAUGUGCCCAGUACUGGCCAUCAAUGGAGAAUGGCUCUGCAACAUAUGGGGACAUAACUGUGAAGAUCAACGAAAGUAAAAUAUGUCCAGACUAUAUAAUUCAGAAACUGCACAUCACAAAUGGAAGAGAAAGAACAUCUGGAAGAGAUGUCACUCACAUUCAGUUCACCAGCUGGCCAGACCAUGGCGUUCCCGAGGAUCCACAUCUCCUUCUCAAACUCCGACGCAGAGUGAAUGCUCUCAGCAACUUUUUUAGUGGCCCAAUAGUGGUUCAUUGCAGUGCUGGAGUUGGGCGCACUGGGACCUAUAUUGGAAUUGACGCUAUGUUGGAGGGGCUGGAUGCAGAGGGCAGAGUGGAUGUUUAUGGCUACGUUGUGAAGCUGCGCCGGCAGCGGUGCCUCAUGGUUCAAGUAGAGUCACAGUACAUCCUUAUCCAUCAAGCACUAGUGGAAUACAAUCAGUAUGGAGAAACAGAGGUCAGCCUCUCAGAACUACAUUCCUAUCUUAACAAUCUGAAAAGAAAAGAUCCUCCAAGUGAACCUUCUCUGCUGGAGGCAGAAUUUCAGAGACUGCCUUCCUACAAGGGAUGGCGGACACAGAACACUGGGAAUCGAGAGGAAAAUAAGAACAAAAAUAGGAGUGCCAACACAAUUCCGUAUGACUUUAACCGAGUGCCGAUCAGGAGUGAAGAGGAACAAAGUAAGGAGGGUGAACAUGAUUCAGAGGACUCAUCAGAUGAGGACAGUGACUGUGAAGAAUCAAGCAGAUACAUUAAUGCUUCCUUCAUAACUGGUUACUGGGGUCCAAAAGCCAUGAUUGCAACACAAGGACCACUGCAGGAAACUAUCUCUGACUUCUGGCAAAUGGUAUUCCAAAGAAAAGUCAAAGUCAUUGUUAUGCUGACAGAGCUGAAAGAAGGGGAUCAGGAACUCUGUGCACAGUACUGGGGAGAAGGAAGACAAACAUAUGAUGACAUAGAAGUUCAAGUGACAGAUGUCAACUGUUGUCCUAGCUACACCAUACGUGCAUUUGAUGUCACACAUCUGAAGAGGAAAGAAACACAGAAGGUAUAUCAGUAUCAAUAUCACAAGUGGAAUGGAUUGGAUGUUCCAGAAGACCCCAAAGAUUUAGUCGAUAUGAUUCUAAGCCUUAAACAAAAAGUGCCAUCCAGACCAGCCUCUGAGGACAGCAGGAACAGCCGCAGCGUCCCAUUUGUCAUCCACUGCUGUGAUGGAUCGCAGCAGACUGGUGUGUUUUGUGCUUUGAUGACCCUCUUGGAAAGUGCAGAAACUGAAGAAGUAAUAGAUGUUUUCCAAGUAGUAAAAGCUCUUCGUCGCAGCAGGCUGGGAGUGGUCUCCACCUUUGAACAAUACCAAUUUCUAUAUGACACCAUUGCUCGUACCUACCCUGCCCAGAAUGGACAAAUAAAGAACAUCCAUCAGGAAGAUAAGGUUGAAUUUUGCAACGAAGUAGAGAAAAAAGAUCAGGAAAGUGAUUUGAUCACUAUUGACCUUACUCCAUCAACUCCAGAGGAAAAUGAUACUCCUGAAUGUUGCGAUGAUUUUAAGGCUGCAGAUACCAAUAAGGGGACAGAAAGUUCUACAAAUGGGCCCACAACUCCAGUUUUAACUUAGAAUUUUUUUUUAAGUAAAAAGUGUAUUUUCAUACCAAACAAAUCUUAACCACAGUAAGAAACUUAUGAUUUUUCCCCCUCCCUUUUGGAAAACAUUUAUGUCGGAUUUUCAAAGGUACAAAUUUAAAGUGAUACUUGAAACUUCUAAAGAGUGACAAAGAACUGUGAAAGUUAAGUUUUUGUGUAGAUUUGCAUCUAAUACUUCAAAAGGCUCUUCACUAUCUUUAUACUUUGCCAUUUUAAAAUAUGUACAGUGUAAUACUAUAUUCUUAUUUUGAGCAGUGGGAAGUUUUUUUCUUCACUUCUCUAAGAAGGAGAAAAGCAACUCAACGUACCACGACAAGCAUGUUGCUAACGCAGGUCUGUGUUCAAAGCUAUUAGCAAAAAAAGCAACAUAAUGGGUAAGCAUGUCUCCUAUCAUUUCAGGACUGCUGGUUAAGUACUGCUUUAAUACUACUCUGAGGAACUCGUGGGACUUUGACAGACAAUUCAAGACCAUAACAUUUACACUGUGUGCCAGUUACCAAGAUUCUGACCCUCUGUCCUCCCAGAUCAAUGUGGAAUGGAAGUUUUGCAUUUUUCCAUCUCACCUCAAGAUGUCCUUGUUGCUCCACAGAAAUUCAUCUGCAAUUUCAAUAUUAGACUCAGGGGAGAAAGGUUGGAGAUUUAAAUGAUUGCAACGGUUCUGACAGAAAACGCAUUCUGUUUAUUCUUAGAGGUGGAAAUGCUGCAUGCUUGCACAUUUAUUUCUUAUGCUUAUACUCUGUGAUUUGAAGAGAAUACUUCCACAAGUGACUUGUUUUCAGAGCUGGAAAAUACCUUGAUGCUUUUCUCCAAACUGAAGAUUUUGACUAGUGCAGGGAUUUUAUUUUUAUUUUUAUUUUUUUGAGAUUUUGUAUGUUAUAGCUAUGAUAAUUUUACUGUUUCUUGCUGCAUUUUAGCAAAUUAGUUAACAAAGUGGUAACUGUUUUGUUCUGUUAAAGUCUCUAAACUGGCCAUUUUCUUCUAAAGGCACAAAAUCUUGUUCUAUCCAGCAUGUGGAUUUUAAAAAAACAACAGAUUUCAGUAGGAAAGCACACCAUUAAAUUCUUAUGAAACUGUA